AUGAUCUCACCCGCUAAAGUGACCGAACCAAACUGGAGCUCCGAUACCCGUCUCCAGAAAAUUGUUCCUUCGCAGUGCACAGCGUACAAGAAACAAACAACUUCGCUUCAAUCGGGCUGGGCAAUCGCCGCACCCAUCGCCAUUAAGUUUCGCUUCGCCGUUGCGCUCAGUAUGCCUCCCAAAAAGCGCGCCCGUGGGGGAGCAACCGCUGCGUCGACGCCGGCCCGCGACGACGAUGCCAUGGACGUCGACACGCCCCAGGCCGCACCAAGCUCGCCCGUCAAGGAAGACAUGCAAGGCUACAACGCCAUGUGGACAGAUGACCAAGUAUCUUCCUUGUUCAAAGGUGUGAUCCGAUGGAAACCUGCCGGAAUGCACAAGCACUUUCGCAUGAUUGCCAUCUCCGAACACCUGCGUAACCACGGCUUCGACCCAGACCUGCAUCAGCACACGCGCAUACCGCACAUUUGGCAGAAGCUGCGCGCCUACUACAACCUCGACCUCAUCGACGACCGCGAGAACAUUGACGACGAGGACGACGAGGGCGAGCGCUACAUGGACUUUGCCCUGCCCUACGACGCCUACAUUGAGCCCAUGAUGCAGCGCGCCAUUGCCGACGCGAGCGAGGCGCCGACAUCACCGCCAGAGCUCGAGCUCUCGCCGCCCCCGCCGCACAAACGCAGCCACAAUACCGGCAGCGGCAAGCGCAAGCGCGCUCGAGAGUCGUCGAGGGCCGCGGCCUCCCGCGCCACCGACGCUGAAGACACAGAGGAGGGCACAGAUGCGCCGUCCCCAGCUGCCGUCAAGCAGACGAGAGGCGCACGAAGUCGCACGCGCGCCGCGAGCAAAGCGGAAAAGGCCGAGACGACCGAGGAGGAGGAGGACGAACCGGAGGAGGAAGACGAGGAGGCAGACGACAACGACGACGAAGGCGGGGAGAGUGAGGAGGGCGAUGGCGAGAGCGAUGAGGAGGAGGACAGCGGCAAAUGA